CUACAGUUCUAACAGUCGACGCUGCAACGAAUGGAGGCGAACUGGUGGAAGAGACAUCACCCAGGAAUUGUUCCGCUGUCCAUAUAGCUUCUUUUUUUUUUACCCCUCCUCAGAUGCAACAAGGAUUUUAAUCCCGAAGACGUUUUCAGGCGGGUGAAGAAACGCGAGAGUUUUGGAGAAAAGUCGGUUCCGUUUUUUUUUCUUUUUCCUUCCCCGAACGAACAUCUCGUUUGCCUGUCAUUUAAAAAAAAGGGCGUGUGUGCGGGGUGACGGCAGUUUUAACCAAUUAAUGUGGGUAUAUAUGGUGUUUUAGUGAUUUUUUUUUUACACCAUCUGGGUCUGAAGGACACAGUCGAGGAUGGGAUGCACACUGAGUACCGAGGACAAGGCGGCGGUGGAGCGCAGUAAAAUGAUCGACAGGAAUCUGCGGGACGACGGGGAGAAGGCGGCCAGGGAGGUCAAGCUGCUGCUGCUCGGUGCCGGCGAAUCGGGGAAAAGUACAAUUGUCAAGCAGAUGAAGAUCAUCCACGAGGCGGGCUACUCAGAAGAGGAAUGUAAGCAGUACAAGGCUGUGGUCUACAGCAACACCAUCCAGUCCAUCAUCGCCAUCAUCAGAGCCAUGGGGCGCCUCAAGAUCGACUUCGGUGACGCCGCAAGAGCUGAUGAUGCACGGCAGUUGUUUGUGCUGGCGGGCUCGGCGGAGGAAGGCUUCAUGACAGCCGAGCUGGCUGGUGUCAUCAAGCGGCUCUGGAAGGACGGAGGUGUUCAAGCCUGCUUCAGCCGCUCCCGCGAAUAUCAGCUCAACGACUCGGCAGCAUACUACUUGAACGAUUUGGACAGGAUAUCCCAGGCCACCUACAUCCCAACUCAGCAGGAUGUCCUGAGGACCCGCGUGAAAACCACAGGCAUUGUCGAGACGCACUUCACGUUCAAGGACCUGCACUUCAAAAUGUUUGAUGUUGGUGGUCAGCGGUCUGAGAGGAAGAAGUGGAUCCAUUGCUUUGAGGGUGUGACCGCCAUCAUCUUCUGCGUGGCCCUCAGCGAUUAUGAUCUGGUGCUGGCUGAGGACGAGGAGAUGAACCGAAUGCACGAGAGCAUGAAGCUGUUCGACAGCAUCUGCAACAACAAGUGGUUCACGGACACCUCCAUCAUCCUCUUCCUCAACAAGAAGGACCUGUUUGAGGAGAAAAUCAAGAAGAGUCCUCUGACCAUCUGCUACCCAGAAUACGCUGGCUCCAACACGUACGAGGAAGCAGCUGCCUACAUCCAGUGUCAGUUCGAGGACCUGAACAAGAGGAAGGACACCAAGGAGAUUUACACCCACUUCACCUGCGCCACGGAUACCAAGAAUGUGCAGUUUGUCUUCGACGCCGUCACCGACGUCAUUAUCAAGAACAACCUGAAAGACUGCGGUCUCUUUUGAAGAUGAUGAGGACGAAGACGUCAACCUUUUUUCUUGGCAGUGGAGCCAGCUUAUUGUGCAUCUUUGGUGGGGAAGAUGAGAAGAGUCGGGAGGAUCAGUCACGGACCAGUGCUGUACUAUAUGCCACUUUUAACAGCUUUAUUUAUGUUUUUUUGUCUUGGAACAUUAUGAACUAGCGUUACGACAUUUGUGUAGGAUGUUUGUAUCAUUGUAAACUGCAAAUUUUCUCACUUUUUUUUAUUUUAUUUUAAUUUUUUUACCUUUUUAUUUUUGUUGUGGAGAAAGAGGAGAUCACUUUUUUUUUUUUUUUUUUGCUGUUUCUUCUGCCGCUGUCUCUGGAAAAGGAAUCUUUGCUGUUGGUGGAGAUGCCUCUUUUCUUCCUUCCCUACAACCAAAAAAGGGGAAGAAAAGGGGUACGACUUUGAGUCCAGUUUGUUGGUACUUGUGCCUUCGCAUGCCUUUUACUGCGGUCGUAGUCCCAAUGCUUGUUCUGUUGCCUGCUGAAUUGUUCUAGACAUAAAGAGGUAAACUGUUUUCAUAUGUUAGUGUCUCUGCUAUCUUCUGUGUGCACACCACUGAGCUAUCAGGAGGAGGAAGAUUUCCCUCUGGUCUAAAGGUACAUGGGUCUCCAUGGUGACCAACAUGUAGCCUCCAACAGUCCCCUACCCCCACCCCCCCACCCCCACCUCCAGCCCCUCACCCCCACCCGCCAUGACAAUACAAGGUCUCGCUGGCCGAUCACACAGUACAAUACUGAGAUGUAUAUUGUUACAUUUACCCCGCAAAUCUGGGGUUCUGGUUUUUUAAACAGUGUAUAAAACAUUCAUUCUUCCCAACCAUUCGGAAAAUGGUUAAGUUGAGGCACCGAGCUUGUGACGUGCUCGAGUGUUUAAAGUACAAAGACCAGAGUAGGCACAUUUUACUGUAUAUUUUAAUGUAUUUGGAGGAGAAGUUAUGGAGUUUUGGGUGUUAAGGAGAGGAAAAAAAACUGAACCACAGAGUAGACUGUUGCAAAGGUGAGGAUGAGGUCUGAAAUGUUUUAAGGUUUAGGCAGCAUUCUUGGGUCUUGUCUCGUGAUGACUGGAGAACAGAGGACGCCUUUGCUUCGGGUGAUAAAAACUAAGAUGGUCAAGGGAGCCUGGUCUGCGGUUUUUAGAUCAGCACUACUUUGCCAAGAGGAGCGAUGAUAAAUAUGGUCCCGGAUCUGUUCAUAUAAAGAAACUGCCACAACUGUCUAUGUAUGUGUAUGUUCUCCAUGGAAGGAGAAUCUUUGUAGACUCAUCUCCCUUAUUUUGCUAAUAAAAACCAUUUACAAACCA